AUAUGAUGCUGCUGGCUUGGGUGAGUUGAGGGUUAGGGGUCGGCAUGUUGCGGGACCGCUGACACCAGGCACUAGGUUUCCUCUGUGAUUACCCAGUCCAUCCUCGUUGUGGUGGCAAGCUCGCCUCGCCUGGACUUGAUGUAUAUCGCAGAGGCAGCAUGCCUAUUGAGCCACGGCUUUGCGCAAAUAUCCAUCGCGUUGCUCUGGCUGCGUAUAAUCCCCCUCAACUGGCAGAUGUACACAGGGUGGGUCAUUAUUGGGGUCAUCGUCAUCUACACUCUCGUCAUCUUGGGCCUGCUCAUCUACAGUGGCUUUGGUGACGGCUCUACCGAGCCCAUAGGUCCGAUAGAUGGCACUGCCCAUUCUCCUCAACUGUCCAUGGCAGCUACUGUAGCGAGCAUCAUCGCGGGCUUGAUGCUGAUUCUCAUCCCAUCUCUGGAUAUCUUGGGUACUCAAAUGACGCCGACAGAAAAACGCAGGGCAAUCCUUCGCUGGUGCAGCCCCGUGAUAGCGAUUCUUGCCUCCGCCGUCCGUCUGUUCUUUCUUACCAGUUUUCCAAGCAGUCCAGAUCUCACCAUGCACGCUGCCGUGGCUAUGGUACUCAUGUUCGCUGAGGUGAACCUGACCAUCAUCUGUGGCAAUCUGCCAGCGACGCUCCAGACGAUCAAGAGGAUGAAGAGUAAGGCAUCUUCUGAGACCAUGGCGGGCUCGGGAAGUGGAAGAGGAGGUAGAACGAGCCAUGCACCGAGAGGACUGGACGAAUAUCCGCUACAGUCACGAGACGAGACCAAGCAACCGUGGACUGGAGAUGGCGAUGACAGCAGCCAACGAGGGAUACUAGCAACACAUCUCUCUACAGUUUAGGGCUCAUCUAGUGUACCUUCUCGCCUCAGCCAUCACGAUCGAUGAAGAGCGGGUGACCAGAAGAGCGAAGCAUCAGUGGCAAAUCUUAGCAUUCAAUAAACAUAGUCAAA